UGGAGUCGGGCCCCUCCCUCUGACGCGGGGUGGCGAUGCUCCCGUGAUCCCUGUCCUGAGUGCUCGCCCUUCACUUCGGAGCGGAGACCGGGCCCUGCCGCGUCACCCUGGGCAAGUGACUUCGGCCUCGGUUUCCCGGGCUACGAGGCCCCCACCAUGGAACAGACAACAGAAGACCCCCCCACAUCGGCUGUCUUGCUGGAUCAUUGUCAUUUCUCUCAGGUCAUCUUUAACAGUGUGGAGAAGUUCUAUGUCCCUGGAGGGGAUAUCACAUGCUAUUACACCCUCACCCAGCAUUUCAUCCCCCGUCGAAAGGAUUGGAUUGGCAUCUUUAGAGUGGGAUGGAAGACAACCCGUGAAUAUUAUACUUUCAUGUGGGUUACUUUGCCCAUUGACUUAAACAAGGAAUCAGCAAGACAGCUGGAAGUCCAAUUCAAAGCUUAUUACCUGCCCAAGGAUGAUGAGUAUUACCAGUUCUGCUAUGUGGAUCAAGAUGGCGUGGUCCGAGGAGCAAGUAUCCCUUUCCAGUUCCGUCCAGAAAAUGAGGAGGACAUCCUGGUUGUUACCACUCAGGGAGAAGUGGAAGAGAUUGAGCAGCACAACAAAGAACUUUGCAAAGAAAACCAGGAGCUGAAGGACACCUGUGUCAGCCUCCAGAAGCAGAACUCAGACAUGCAGGCUGAGCUCCAGAGGAAGCAGGAGGAACUAGAAACCCUACAGAGCAUCAAUAAGAAGUUGGAACAGAAAGUGAAAGAGCAGAAGGACUGUUGGGAGACAGAGCUGCUUCAACUGAAAGAACACAACCAGAAGAUGUCCUCAGAAAAUGAGAAAAUGGGAGUUAGAGUGGAUCAGCUUCAGGUCCAGCUCUCAACUCAAGAGAAAGAAAUGGAGAAGCUUCUUCAGGGAGAUCAAGAUAAAACAGAGCAAUUAGAGCAUCUGAAAAAGGAAAAUGGCCAGCUCUUUCUCAGUUUAACUGAACAGAGGGAGCACCAGAAGAAGCUUGAGCAGACAGUGGAGGAAAUGAAGCAGAAAGAAGCGACUGCAAUGAAGAAACACCUGGAGUUAACGGAGCCUAGGAACAAGAAAGCAGCAGUGGAGGAGCAGUUAGUGCAAGAGGUGGAACGCCUAAAGGCAAAGGUUGAGGCCGGGAAAGCCUGUUUCUUAGAGAAGUACAAAGAGUGUCAACGACUCCACAAACAGAUCAGGCAACUCAGGGCUGCCGCACUGGAAGUGAAGCAGGACCAGAAGAGCCAGCAGGAGCCAAUGGGGAUGGGGAGCAAGGAGCCUGCAGUCAGCACUGUCAUCGGGAAGAGAACUUUGAACUUGUCAAGAAGGCUGAGUGAGAACAAGAUUAUGUGCGAUGCUCUGCAGAGAGAGAAAGAAAGAAUGGAAAGAGAAAAUGAUCUUUUGAAGAAGGAAAACAGCAGAUUGCUGAGUUACAUGGGUUUGGAUCCUGACUCUUUGCCGUACACCACUUCAAAUCAAGGAGCUGCAGGACAAAACCCAGGACUUGUUUAUGGCAACCCGUAUUCUGGUGUCCAAGAAAGUUCUGCUCCAAGUCUGCUGCCCUUCAAGAAAUGCCCCAACUGUCUGUCAGAUUGUGCCGAUGAUGUUUGUGAGCAUGUCUUGGAACAGCAGACCCUUUGUCUGAAUUGUCCAAUUUGUGACAAGAGCUUCCCAGCAAGAGAGAAACAGAUCUUUGAAGACCAUGUGUUCUGCCAUUCUUUAUAACGCCCCAGCCUCUUGGAUCCAUGCUGUUAAGAUUUUAUAUAGUAGAACCUGUAUCUUCUACUGUGAGUUAUGAGUCAGGAUUCUGCCUAAUCUGAAAUUAUUAGGGAUUACUCAGCCUUGCUGCCCCUACAGGUAGAGCCACAUUGACUAUCUGAAGGACAGUGUUAAUAACCUCCAUCCUCGUGGGUUAUUACUGUUAAGCACGUAAAUCUAAUAUCAGUCUCCCACAUAUGGUGCGCAUUCUUCCAAAGGGCUCUAGUACAAGGACCCUCAGAAGGAACUGACCGGGCUAGUCACUACAGGACUGUUACUAAGUGAUUGGUUUUCCAAAUUGUCCUGCUAUCAUUCAAGGUCAGACCUCCAGUGUAUUUAAACACAGUCCUCAGUCCGAACCGUGAGGCCAAAGAUGGACCAGAGGUUGAGAAUUUCUUCCUCCUCUGGCCUCUUUCUCUAGCUGAUUGUAUUAGCCUAGAGCCAAAAAUGGCACAGCAAAGAACUCAGAUGUCCAGUACCAAAAGUUUUCUCGUCAUUAUUUCUCAGCUCCCAAAAGAAGAAUCUUAUUCCUGAACCACUGACAGGAAAUAGUAAUUCAGUCACAGGAGGACUUCUUUUCUCUCUGGAUAUCUCUGAUUGGCAUUUUUCUACUCUUUGAUUUUUCCUAUGCACAUAAUUUUUUUGUCAUAAGUUCUUUCUUAAUAGUUAAUAGGAGUCAUUAGAAACUGUAUGCAUUUGCAACUUUCUGAGCAGGUGAGUUUGAAUAUGGAUAAGUCAGUAUAAAGAGAAUUAUUGUUAAUUUCUUAUUAAUACUAAAAAUAAAUAACUUCUAUUUUGGGGGCCUAUGUAAUUUAAAAUAA